UUGAAAUCAUCGCUGCAAUAAUAAAGAGAAGCGCUUGUGAAUAAACGUUUCUGCAUAAAUACCAAAAUCCUUAAAUACACAACGACGGACAAUUUAAUACCGUGUAGACUUGGCGCCUUUUUUUACAACUUUGCAUCUUGUUUGCUCUUCGAGUUGUGGCUUUGCAAGAAUGGACGUGCAAACAGCUCUUCCGUCUGUGAAUAUUUUCAACGAACUCCAGACAGUGCACGAGAAAGGCUAUUUCUAUGUUUUACCGUCUUUGGAAGAAGAUUGGCAACAGGUCUGUAGAGUAAAUAUCAAUGAAGGAUUUAGUGAAAUAUUGAAAUAAUAGUUGCAAUGAUUUUAUAUAUAUAGUAAGGGUAACUUUGUUGUAUUACAUACACAUAUAUGUAGUAUAUUGUAUUGCUAUAUUCCCCAGUUAUUACUAUGUUUUUAUUCGUCUCAUGUAAUAAAAAUAGUAUUACUAAAGUGUCCAUAAAAGCACAGCUUUAUAUAGAAAACAUGAUUUAGACAUAGUUCCUUUAUGAUAUUACGGUUUUAGUAUUAAAGCUUUAAUACUUGUAACUUGUCUACUCAAUAUAUUGUAUUUCUAUAUGCUUGAGUUGUCACUACCGCUGGGUUUAAUAUAAUAAUACAACUAUAUAAUAUUACUAAGGACAACUUUCCAUAAAAUACACGAUUUUAGAUACAGACAAAUGCACAAAAUGUGUACGAUUCAUUUAUAGUAUACUCGAAACGCACGCCAGCUUCAGUAAACGAAAUUCGAAGUCCUUUCUUUUAUUCAUAAACAGCAUAUGUUUUAACCUUUGUUUCUUUGUCUCCAGACACGGUUAGAAAUGGAUCGCUAUUUAUGCCCGGAGUCGAGCAAGACAGAUACAACCAUCCACAAUAAUGCACCUUGGAAUGACAUCCCUUUGACAUUUGAUCUCGAAAACCUUAUGUUACCAGAGGAUUUUAGUGCUGUCAACUCGUGUGAGCUCACUUACUCUCAUACUGCAUUCACUCAGGAAAUACCUGCUAGCCAACCUGUAUCAUAUGAGGAAAAUAGCAGCCUAGGUCAAAGCUUUGAGUUCAAGCUUAAACCCUUGUCCAUACAAGUUCCAAACUGCCAAGAAAAUGGGGCAAAAAUUACACAUAAUGUACUGCCUUUAACUCCACCAAGUUCACCUGAAAACAAUUCCACAAAAAGCGAUGGAAAUAGAUCUAAACCGAAACACUCACGACUAAAUUUGAAGACUAGCACGUUCGUAGUGAAUAAGGAUUUAACAGAAUCGAAGCGUAGAGUCCAUAGGUGUCCUUUCACUGGUUGUAGGAAGGUUUAUACCAAGAGUUCGCAUCUCAAAGCCCACCAGAGAACUCACACUGGCGAAAAACCGUACUGUUGCUCCUGGGAUGGAUGCCAUUGGAGGUUUGCACGCUCGGAUGAAUUAACUAGACAUUUCAGAAAACAUACAGGGGCUAAACCAUUCAAAUGUUCGCACUGCGAUCGAUGUUUUGCGCGAUCUGAUCACCUUGCUUUGCACAUGAAACGCCAUGUUUGACGGCAGAGUGUUUGGCCUUAGACUUUGUGUCAGCGAGUGUUAUUUUUCAGGGUUAUGACUUAUGGAAUUACAUGGGAAUGCUAUAGAUCAAAAUGGCUUGCAAUGUAUCUCGAACUGCUCGCGUGUGGCGAUUGAGUAUAUGUUUUGCUCGAUUCUGAUCUGAUCCGAUUUUUGCAUGUGAAGACUUAUCUUUGAUGCAGACUGUUUGGCUGUAAAUUGAAAGGUUUAUUGGUUAUGGAACUACAUGGAAUGAUUCUAUAUGGCUUGCAAUAUGUAUGGAACUUGAUGGGAAUACAAACUCUUGGUGUGGCAUAUUGGGUAUGAAAUUGCAUUGGGAAUUUAUGGCCUCUGUACACUCGUGGAGCUUUAUAAUAUUGCUGUGUGUUUACUGACAAACGUGCUUUCGAAAGUGAGAAAAUUUAUUGCAAUCCUAAACAUCCUAGAUCUCGCAGAUUUCCUUCGAAAUUCAUUUGUUGUGACUGUAGAAAACAAGCAAUCAACCUGUCCUUGUGAUGACUCCGGUAUCCAUGGAGCUCAAAAAUACAACGUGUUUACUCACAAGACACAAAUGUGACUGAAACACGAUCCCUUUUAAAAGAUUACAGCAUGUUGUCAACAGUUAUUACAAACUACAAUAUGCCCACUUCACCACGGGCAGCAUAGGUAUUACAAGAAUUUUGACCUGGGAUACUAUACUAUGAUAGCAAAUUACACACGCGAAAUCAUGCAGAGAAAAUUAUGCAAAUAUUUUCAUUCAAAAUUUGCUACAAUUUUGCGUUCCCUGAAUUUUUGUAGUGAAAAUGUAGCAAUGAUCAAAAAUUUCCAUGUUGCGAUGGGAUAUUGAUUAUUUUACGCUGUCGAAGCAAAUCGCCAAACCAUCUGCCAUUCAAUGUGCUAUAAUUAUGAACAAAAGCCACACAAUGCACUAUAAUAAAAAUCUUGUUGAAAAGAACCAUCUUUGAAUUGGUCGAACUAGAACAUAUGUAAUAAUGUUCCGUGUGUAAUAAUUGUACAGUGUAUGACUGUGUCUAUAAAUCAUUUUCGUUUAUCCGUGUUAGGCUAAAAGUCAAAGCGAAAACGAUUUAUAGUUGCGUAUUUUUAUAAAGCAAAUCCUAAUGUAAAUAAUUGUAUGCUUAAAUCUUAGAUAUGAUUCAAAUUCAUGCAAACUUUGAGUAAACACAAAUCAUUAACAAAAAGGUUACUAUUUUAAUGUUUCGUCUUUGCCGUCUGAGCAGAUUUGCCACAGACUCUCAAAUAUGGACCUCCAGUGUAGGUAGUACUCUACAAAAAGCUGCCGUGGUUUGUGUCUGAACUACCUGAAAAAAAUAUCUCAAUGUAGUGGGCCAGUGCAGGUAGUACUCUCAAUUCUACAAUAAGCUGCAGUUUGUGUCUGAACUUCUUGAAGACAAGAUAUCUUGAAAAAUAACUAUACUUUCUUCGAAAUUUUGAAUUUCAGCAUAAAACUUUUAUAUUCUGAG